AUGCCUUUCGCCGCCCCUUUUUCUUGGACGUGGUGCCCCGCUGGGCCCAUCCGUUCCUCAGACAGCUCCAAGAAAGAUGAUGACCUGAUUUCGAGAAGCUUCAGGGAGAGGACCAAGCACGAAGUAUCUAAGAGCCUGCUCUUGCAAGAACAAUGGGUAAAGGGUGAAAUUCUGAGCAUCACCACCACUGAGUCACUUGUGAUCACAGUGACAAAAGAUGGGACAAUCUGGGAACAGAUUGGCAACAAACCAAAGAAGCAACUUUCAGAAGCAUGGUGGAAGGCCAAGCACCCCGCAUGGAGGCGAGCUGUGCAGCAGUUUGUGAAGGAUAAGGGCCUUGGCCCUCUAGAUGGGGCCGUCAUCAUGUCAAAGUUGGCAGAGCUGCCCGCGUGGUUUCCUCGUAAGGAGACAUCAUCUCCGCACAGGAUCAAGUGGUUUCACGAGAAUGCACGCCGCAUGCUGCGUCGCAGAGCGGGCAUGAAGGCGAGCGAGGCGCUUCCCGAAUACAUCAUUCUUGCUCUCAGUAAGAAGACACUCCAGGCUGCAAAGGCUUCAAAGAGCGCCAUAAGCUCGGUGAAUGCAAUCUGGCCGAAGCUCUUGGUGCAUGAGCAGGGGUUUGAGGAGACGCCUAAGGAAAAGGGCGGCGGUGGGCGGGACUCCGUUGUGGCUUAUGUGGCCGGGCGGAAAGGAAGCAAGGAGAAGGGCCACGGCAGGGAUGAGAGCGGGGCCAAAGGGCUCAAGUGCUAUACUUGUGAGGAGUUCGGUCACAUUGAUUGGAAGUGCAGCAAGCCAGAAACAAGCCGAAGCAGAAGAAGGAGGUGA